UACAUCCAUAAAUAUUACUUAUAUAUACAUAUUAAUGCAAUAGCACAAGUUGAGAUCACGUGGUUUAUUCAUCGUGUAUUUCACGCUGAUCAUUUCAAUCUGUGCGGUUGGUCUAAUCAGUUCUAGUUAGAGUUAUAUAGUAAUUUACUUAAUUCUAAACUAAGAUUUUAAGAUUAAUCUCGGAUGAUCUAUUAUCGCAAAUAUAAUUCGAAGUUAUUGUUGUAUUUCUCUCAUAAGAAACAUGUACACUGUAUCAAAAGGACCUAGCAAGAUAGUCGCUAAGACACGAAGAGGAAUUAGUCAAAAUCUUGAAAGGUUGGAAACUUUACGUGAUUUAACAAGGAAAGCAGAUCCUGAUGAUGAUCAUGAGAUCACCCGCCAUGUGCCAAAACCAGUCUUUCACAUGAAUGGGAAAUCUAAAUUCAGUUCACAGAGACAUCAAAUGCAAGAAGUUAUCACUCCUCAACAUGAAGAACUUAUUAAAUUUGUUUAUGAAUCAUGGAAUCAAGUCAACACACGACAAAGAAGUGAAUCUUCUGAUGGUUCAGAUUGUUCAGAACCUUCCAGUCCUAACACUAUAGUAUAUUACAAUGAUGGUGAACCAAAUGAUACUCUUCAAGAUUUUAAACCAUUUGAUUUGGAAUCAUGGUGGGGUAAACGAUUAUUUAAUAAUAUCACAAAAUCACUUUGAAAAAAGGAGAAAUUUAUAAGUUGAAGAUAUCUCAAAGUAGUACAGAAUGAUAAACAGUGCUAAACAUUAGCCUGUUUUGUGUUUUAAAAGUAAUCUAAGAACCAGUGAAUAAUUGUGUAGAAUUAAAUCUGAGAAUUAGAAACAAACCUAAUUUGUUGGAUAUCACAAUUAGUGAAUUUGAAUUGUUAUAUAAUUCAUACAUAUUGUAUUUGUUAUAAUGAAUUGUAUACAUGUAUAUUGUUUUUGUAAAAUUGUAACUUUUUAUUAUAUAUGUACACAAUCAUACAACUUUUUAAAAUUAAAUUUAUAUAUUAGAAAU